AUGGUAAAGUUCAUUGGCGCGUCCCAACGGAGCGUUGACAAAGAGAUUCUCACACCACUGAUGAACAAGACUGUGAAGCGGCGGCGACCUCGAGACUUUUCUCAGCAUUGUGCUCGUGCUAAUGACACAGUGCCGCUGCCAGCCGGCUCCACUUCAGUACUGGCGAAACCGACGAAAUAUCACUAUUACCCACACAAUCAGCACAUUUAUUUGCUGCCGGAAUGUGCUAUACAGCAGGUGUGUAACGCAGUGUACGUGCGUCUGAAUUAUACGCAGCCGCUGUGUGCGUGCCCGGCUCGUUACCGAGACCCGUGCUCCGCCAGCUUAAACGCCGACGACCUGCAUACCACUCGCCUCACCACGGAUUCCAAAAAGAAGUAUGCGAAAAAAGCGGUGACUCUAGUGAAGACAUGUGAAGCUGUGUCAGAGAUGAGGGAGUGCCGGGCACCCAGGGACUGGUCUUUGCUAGCUCUACAGAACAUUAGAACGGGAAAAUCACACUAUUUAGUCAUCUGCCGUUGCCCAGAAACUCAUAUUUUGGAGGGUCCAAUGACACACGAUCAACCCACCUACGCUUCUGUUCCCGGAAUAAGAGUUUAUGGCAUGAUGUGUGUGCGACCAUCUCCGAUCUAUCAGUCUGGUUACAAAGGCAAUAGGUAUACAAGUUCACAGAGCACCACUAGCGCCUAUAAAGUGGACUACUCCCAACCCCAUUCGUAUCAAGACAAACCAGUCUACAAUCGUUAUCAGUCCCACAGCUAUCUGGACUCGAACUAUUACAAUAGGAGGUCCAGAGCGGCAAGAUUGCGACGAAUGGUUCAAGAAUACCCUCCCUUCCCAUGGUACAAAGUCAAAGAAUUAGCCGAAUCUUUACAUUGGACGAAUUAA